UUGCUUGCAUUAUAAAAGUAGAGAAAGAAAAAAAGACUUUAAUUACAUGAUACUUAAAAGAUUUAAUGGAAAGAGUAGUAGCGAUGAGCAACAACAGCAACAACAACAACAACGGCCAAUCACCGUGGCACUCUCACUCACCCAAAACUCCAACGACCAUGCUCGAUCGCGCUCUCUCCUUCCGCCGUCCCCACUCCGACGCCGAUCUCUCCUAUUCCGGCGAAUCCGGCGCCGACGAAUCCAAGACCAAGCGCCCACACAUCUACCUCCUCGCCUCCAAUUUCGUUUCUCGGAUCGGGCACCAGUGGUGGCCUUGCCUCGUCAUCGCUCUCUUCUUCCUCGCGCUCCUCUUCCUCAUCUCCUUCGCGUUCCGUUCCACGAGCUUCGUCUGCAUCUCGAGGUUCGAUCCGGUUGCUCGGAUCGGGUUUUUCGGUUUGGAUGGGCUUGAAUCGGAUUUUGGAGCCUUAGGUGUUCCUUGGUGCAGAUCGAAACAUGGAAAAGAAGUUGAGUGGACCUCCAAGAAUUUACUCAAGGCUCUUGAAGAGUUUGUGCCCAUAUACGAAACACGUCCCAUAAAGAACAACAUGCAUGGAAUGGGUUUUGAUCACAGUUUCGGGCUAUGGUUCAUGGCACGUUGGUUAAAGCCAGAGCUAAUGAUUGAGAGUGGUGCUUUUAAGGGACAUUCCACUUGGGUUAUGCGCCAGGCUAUGCCAGAUACACCUAUUAUCUCACUAACGCCUAGACACCCCGAGAAGUACCUGAAGAAGGGACCUGCUUAUGUAGAUGGAAACUGCACUUACUUUGCAGGCAAAGAUUUUGUUGAUUUUGGAAGUGUUGAUUGGAAAAACGUGUUGAGAAAACACAGAGUAACUGAUCUCAGCCGCGUUGUUGUCUUCUUCGAUGAUCAUCAGAAUGAACUCAAAAGGUAUUUCCAUCUCUUACCCUUAUUGCAUUAG